GAGUCCUGGACAACAUCUCAUUUGAUGAAAUCAAGUUCCAUGGAACCAAAUUACAGUUUACCCCUUAAUGUUGCUGUGAUUACUCUUCAGGCUGGUGAAGAUGUUGAAUAUUCUAGAAUGUCAAAAGUUGAACCAAGGAAGAUGUUUUCUACUAGGAAAAAGAUAAAGGAGAUGAGUUUGUCAACAAACCAAGAGAAGUCUGAGAUGACAAAGAAGACCUGGAAAGUUGAAGAUGACAGUGGAGAGGAACCAACUCCACUCAAAGGAGGUCCUGUGGAUAAUUCAACUCUUGUUGUUGAGCUUGGUCCAAUGGAGAUCCGUACUUUCUUGUUGAAAUUUGAAGGAGUUUUCAUUUGAGAUAUCAUCUUCAAUUUUUGGUUUAACUGAACUCUACAACAAUACUUGAUGGCAAUAUACUUUUGCUUAUAUAAUCCAUGAAGUUCUGAUUUUUCUGUUCAA